AUGAUCGGCCCCUUCACCUCCUCACCAUUUUCCUCCUGGCGCACUAACCCUAUUGGUAUAGCUGUACACAAAUACUCAAAUAAAAAGCGCAUGAUUAUCGAUUUAUCGGCACCGCACUCUUCUUUUGUCCCUAGCAUCAACGCACUCAUUCCCGCAGACGAAUUCUCACUACAAUACGUAAAAAUAGACGACGCUAUACAAACCAUCAUUUCAACUGGUAGCAACGCCUGGCUUAGCAAAACAGACAUUACCAACGCAUUCAAAUUACUGCCCAUGCACCCAUCACUUUGGCACUUGCACGGUGUUAAAUGGCGAAACAAAUACUACUUUUCCACGCGGCUCACUUUUGGGUCCAGAAGCAGCCCUAAACUGUUUGAUAUUUUCGCAGAAACUCUAUGCUGGCUGCUUCUGAACAUCAUUAGGUGUCACACCGUCAUUCACUACUUAGAUGACUUCCUCAUCAUAGAACCAAGCACACGCACACCUACAGAUAUCCUCAGCACCUCUGCACUUUUUGCCACCCUCGGAGUACCUUUGUCUCCCGCUAAAACAAUUGGCCCCACCACUAAACUCACUUUCUUGGGGAUAGAGCUGGACUAUGGUACCUUCCGCGCCAGCCUUCCCCCUGAGAAACUGGUCCGUCUAAGAGGGGAAAUAGAUAUGUUCCUGCGGAACAAUGUAUGCACCAGGAAAGAACUUCAGUCCUUAUUGGGAUCCCUGAAUUUCGCGAUGCGCAUUGUUCCGCAGGGUAGAUCCUUUGUGUCCAGGCUCCUCUGUCUGCUGCAUGGGGUUCCAGACGCCUGCCCAAUCGCAUUGGACCAUCACGCCAAAGCUGACCUACUCAUGUGGGGAAAGUUUUUGACUCAAUGGAACGGCAUCUCCAUGUUUAUUCCCCCUCUCUCCGACUCCUCUCCCUGCAUUUACACUGACGCUGCAGCCAGCACGGGUUUUGCAGCUAUAUUUGGUAAUCACUGGUUUAGGGGUCACUGGCCAGCGGAGACGGAUGCCUUGCCGGGGUUUAGAGAAACUUCAGCUCUGUUUGAGAUUUACCCCAUUGUGGCGGCCGCACACACUUGGGGUCACCUCUGGUCCGGCAAGGCAGUAAAAUGUUAUUCCGACAACUCGUCAGCCUGCGACAUCAUUAACAAAGGUCGCUCUUCCUCUCUCACCAUGAUGCGGCUGAUUCGCAAGCUGACCUGGUUGGCAGCAACCGUCCAGUUCCACUUAAUUUGCCUUCACAUCCCGGGCAUUCACAACACAGCUGCUGACGCUCUGUCUCGCUCUCAAUUUCAGGUGUUUUUCCAGGCACUCCCGUCAGCCCACCAUCAACCAUCCAGAACACCGAAUUUUUACGAGUUAAUCUUGGAUUGA